AAAGGGAAAAAAGGAAAGGAAAAGAAAAGAUUAUUUCCUCCAUUUAAUUCAUCUCCAUCUUCAAAAACCAGAGCCCAUAUAUAUCAACGUUAUCCCCCGGUAAACAUUACAUACAAAUACCAUCUUCUUCUUCUUCUUCUUGUUCUCCAUCCUUCUAUGCAAAAUGAAUAGUGAGCAUAACACUAAUGGGGUUUCUGAUGACCUCAAAGCUCCACUGCUUCCAGUCCAGGCGACCACAAUGGAGACCUCAAGUGGGGCGUCUCUCAUGUCCAUUUUCACACCCAAGAGCUUCUUCAUCCUCUUGGGGCCUCUGCUCUGCACCCUCAUCUGCCUUUUUGUGAAGCUUGAUGGCCCUGUGACCAGCAGGAACAUGUUGGCUGUUCUUGCUUGGAUGUUUGCUUGGUGGAUCACUGAAGCUGUGCCUAUGCCCAUCACCUCCAUGUCUCCUCUCUUCCUCUUUCCCCUCUUUGGAAUCGCUUCCGCAGAUGAUGUUGCUCACUCCUACAUGGAUGAUGUGAUUUCCCUUGUUCUUGGAAGCUUCAUACUUGCUCUUGCUGUUGAGCAUUACAACAUCCAUAGAAGAUUGGCCCUCAAUAUUACCUUGAUCUUUUGUGGAGAUCCACUGAAUCCCCCAUUGCUUCUCCUUGGCAUCUGUGCCACCACAGCCUUUGUGAGUAUGUGGAUGCACAAUGUUGCAGCAGCACUGAUGAUGAUGCCCGUAGCCACUGGUAUCUUACAGAGGCUACCAUCAGGUCCAACUCGAUCUCCCCAUGUGGAUAAAUUCUGCAGAGCAGUGGUGCUUGGGGUGUUAUACUCUGCUGCAGUUGGGGGAAUGAGCACUCUCACCGGUACUGGCGUCAAUCUCAUAUUGGUAGGAAUGUGGAAGAGCUACUUCCCAGAGGCAGACCCCAUCAGCUUUAACACAUGGUUCUUCUUUGGCUUCCCUUUGGCUUUGCUGGUUUUCUUUGCCUUGUGGGCUAUUCUCUGCUGCUUGUACUGCUCCAGGGGUGCAGGUCCUGCUCUGUCUGCUUAUUUGGACAAAUCCAGUCUCAGAAGAGAGCUUCAAAUGUUGGGUCCAAUGGCUUUUGCUGAAAAGAUGGUGUUGGCUGUGUUUUCGAUGCUAAUAGUCUUAUGGAUGACAAGGAGCAUAACAGAUGAUGUUCCUGGAUGGGGAGCUCUCUUCAAUGGCCGUGUAGGCGAUGGGACUGCCAGUGUGAUGAUGGCAACCUUAUUGUUCAUAAUUCCAAACAAGAAGCAAAAGGGGGAGAAGCUGAUGGACUGGAACAAAUGCAAGAAGCUGCCAUGGAACAUCGUAUUGCUACUAGGCGCUGGCUUUGCCAUAGCUGCCGGAGUCCGGUCAAGUGGCCUGGCUGAUGUGUUGUCAAAGGCCUUGACUUUCCUGGAACACGCUCCCUACUUGGUCAUUGCGCCUGCCGUCUGUCUCAUAAGUAGUACGGUUACUGAGUUCACCUCAAACAAUUCCACAACAACACUCCUUGUUCCCCUUCUCAUCCAAGUAGCCCAAACCAUGCACGUCCACCCGCUCCUUCUCAUGGUUCCUGGAGCCAUUGGAGCACAGUUUUCUUACUUGCUGCCCACUGGAACUCCUUCGAAUGUCGUCGGGUUCACAACAGGACACAUUGAAAUCAAAGAUAUGAUCAAGACAGGAGUGCCUCUUAAGAUUGCUGGAAUUGCUGCAUUAUCCCUUCUAAUGCCUUCACUUGGAGCGUAUGUUUUUGGGACAAACGAAGAAAUGUGACACCAUUCAAAUCCCUGCAACCAGUCUGCAAAUUCUCUACAAACAAGGUGAAAUGCAUAGGAUCGGCCGCUACCAUGACAAAGCAUUGGCUCUUGGCAUAUUAGUAGCCUUAUUGUAUGGUAAUAAGGAAAGGAAAAGAAAUCGUCUGUGACAAGAAUCAUGAAAGGGAAAAAGGCAUAUGCUUUUCUCCUAUGGCAAUUGUUCAUUUAUCUAAUGAUUCUUCCCAUGGUGGAUUUGUUAGCCUUCA